AUGUCGAAAUCAAGACCAAGCGGUAUUACCACAACUUUCAUCAUCAAUACUCCGGCAGAGCAGUCAAUCGAGGAAAAUCGAAAGACUAUCCGUAGUCACGUCAUGCGCGGCAAAAAUAGAAAGAAAUUACCACCAAGACCACCCUCGUGGAUCAACGGCAAGCAACUCCAGGAUUUAAAUAGAAUACGGAACGCUCCCACUGUUCCGCUCACCACCAUCUCCGGCGAAAUAAGCCCGGCCGUAUUUGAGACCAUUUGGAAACUCAAAGACGCAAUGCAGCCUGUUGAACUUAAUCUGGUCUCAGACCGUACAAGAGACUCGUGGCUUGAGCCCAUAUGUAGCGACGCAGCUUGCCUCCACUUCACUAUCUUUGUUGCCACGGUAUACCAAGAUUCCAUCCGAGGGCAAAGGGAAACCAAUGUAACGGCUCUAGCCCAUUUCGUCAAAGCUCUAGGGUUACUCCAGGAACGCUUAGCAAGCUGUGAAUAUAAACUGUCGACUUCCGACCCGACCAUAUUAGUAGUUGUGGGCUUUACGAUGGUAUCGACUGCUAUGGACGACCUCGGGGCAGCAUCAAGACAUAUCAAGGGUCUACACCGGAUGGUUACGUUACGAGGGGGAAUUUCCGCAUUUUUUGAGGAUAAGCAACUACAGACCAAAAUCCUACGAGCUGAUCUUAGCGUAGCCCUUGCUACGGGACAUCGUCCUCUUUUCUUUUCCAAGGAUAUCCCGUGGGAUUCCUAUAUAUCCUCUCGUAGAAAGACGCUUAUCUCCAGGGGCUCAACCCUAGAUGUUGCUACCCCCCUUUUAGAAAUUCGUCAUCUGCUCGGCGACCUAGAUACGCGACUGCGCUCCGUAUGGGAUGAUGUUUCUGAAGUUGUAAGGGCUGCAAACGUUGCAAUGCAGUGCGGGCUGGCUAUGGAUGGCGAGUUGUACCAAGAAACCAUGGUAUCGAUACAUUACCGUCUGGUGAAUCUUUGCUUCGAUACGGAUAAUGCGGACGAGGUUAUACGACUCGCCCUAUUGGCGCUUUACAGCUCUAUCUUUCUUCAAUGGCGAGGCACCAAAACUAGAUACAAAUAUUUGACCCAGCGUCUUAAACAGGUCUUGUUCCAGUCAACCGAGACCAUACCCGUUCAUCUUCUCAUUUGGGUAUACAUAAUAUACGCUGUUUCGAGUUUCGACCGGGGCGAUCAGGUUUGGUUACAUUCUUCUCUAGCCCAGGUGCUCCAGAGGACGAAUCUUCGGUCGUGGAGUGGGAUCAGGGCAAUGCUAAAGUCUAUCGUAUGGCUGGACGCCGUACAUGACUCCUUAGCGAAAUGUCUCAUAGAGAGGAUUAUGGAGUUAGCAUCUUAAGAAUGUACUCAACGAUAAUUUGCUGCUAUUUCCAAAUGAUAGCAAAGCGAUUGUGCUAGAGAAUGAACAGUUUUAGAAAUCUAGCCAGGCC